AUGAUACAUGCACAUAUCACAGAUUUUACUCAUUCAUCUUCCAAAAUGGCAAUUCCUCAUGUCCCUCUUGGAACUCAAGGCUUUCAGGUUUCAAAACUGGGAUUUGGUUGUAUGGGACUCAGUGGAGCAUACAAUGAUCCUCUUGCUGAACAAGAUGGAAUUUCCGUUAUUCACUAUGCUUUCACUCAAGGUAUCACUUUUUUUGACACUGCUGAUGUUUAUGGAGUCAAUGGUUCCAAUGAAAUUUUGGUUGGAAAGGCUUUAAAGCAAUUACCUAGAGAAAAGAUUCAGCUAGCUACAAAAUUUGGUAUAUCUAGAGGAGAUGCUCCUGGUUUCACCGGUGUCAGCAUCAAGGGUUCACCGGAGUACGUGCGCUCGUGCUGUGAAGCUAGCUUGAAACGUCUUGGUGUUGAAUAUAUUGAUCUUUAUUAUCAGCAUAGAGUCGAUACAUCUGUGCCUAUUGAGGACACAGUUGGUGAACUUAAGAAACUGGUGGAAGAGGGAAAAGUGAAGUACAUUGGGCUAUCUGAAGCCAGCCCAGAUACAAUAAGGAGAGCACACGCUGUUCAUCCCAUCACAGCUGUUCAAAUAGAGUGGUCUCUCUGGACUCGCGACAUUGAGGAUGAGAUAGUUCCUCUAUGCAGAGAGCUUGGUAUUGGAAUUGUACCAUAUAGUCCUCUUGGUCGUGGUUUUUUCGGUGGCAAAGGAAUUCUGGAAAAUGUGCCUGCAGUUAGCAACCUGACUUCUCAUCCCCGUUUCCAAGCUGAGAACUUGGACAAGAACAAAAACAUAUACGAUAAGAUUGAAAGUCUUGGGAAGAAGCAUGGAUGCACUCCUGCUCAGUUAGCAUUAACAUGGGUACUCCAACAAGGCCAUGAUGUUGUGCCUAUUCCUGGAACAACUAAGAUAAAGAAUCUGGAUCAAAACGUUGGUGCAUUAUCCGUGAAACUAUCAGAAGAGGAGCUGAGAGAAGUUUCUGCAGCGGUUCCUGUGGAUGAUGUAGCAGGCAGUAGAUACUACAAUGGAUUAGAUCACUUUUCUUGGAAGUUUGCUAACACACCUCCAAAAGUUUAA